AUGAACAACAGAUCGAUCAACCUGAUCGGCCGUCCUGCGACGCGGGAAAGCAGCGGCGGUGGCGGUGGCGGUGGCGGUGGCGGUGGCGGUGGGAGCGCGGGAAGUGUGACGGAUCACGAACUUGCGAUCACCUCCACGUUCGGGACGCUCCUCUCUAUGGUGUACCUCAUCGGGGUGUCGGGGAAUGUGUACACCCUGGUGGUCAUGUGCCACUCCAUCCGCUUCGCCACCUCCAUGUACAUCUCCAUCAUCAACCUCGCGCUCGCGGACCUGCUGUACCUCUCCACCAUCCCCUUCGUGGUGUCCACCUACUUCCUCAAGGACUGGUACUUCGGGGACGUGGGCUGUCGCAUCCUGCUCAGCCUGGACCUGCUCACCAUGCACGCCAGCAUCUUCACACUCACGGUGAUGUGCACGGAGCGCUACCUGGCCGUCACCAAGCCGCUGGACACGGUGCGUCGCUCCAAGAGCUACCGCAAGGCGCUGGCGUGGGGCGUGUGGCUCCUCUCGCUGUUCCUCACCGUGCCCAUGAUGGUGAUGGUCACGCAGACCACCAAGGACACGCCGGACGGGGGCGUGAAGAGGAUGUGCGCGCCCACCUGGGCUCCGCUGGCCUACAAGGUGUACGUGACGGUGCUGUUCGGCACAAGCAUCAUGGCCCCCGGGCUGGUCAUCGGCUAUCUGUACAUCAAGCUGGCGCGCACCUACCUGGAGUCCCAGCGCAACUCCGUCAUCAGCAACGGCGGGAAGCGCUCGCCCAAGCAGAAGGUUCUGAUCAUGAUCUUCACCAUCGUCCUGGUGUUCUGGGCCUGCUUCCUGCCCUUCUGGAUCUGGCAGCUGCUGCCCCUCUACCACACCAAGCCCCUGCGGCUGGCGUCCCAGACGCACACCUGCAUCAACUACCUGGUGGCCAGCCUCACCUACUCAAACAGCUGCAUCAACCCCUUCCUCUACACGCUGCUCACCAAGAACUACCGGGAGUACCUGAAGAACCGCCACAAGAGCUUCUACCGCUACACGUCGUCCUUCAAGCAGCGGCCGCCCAGCCUUUACUCGUGGGGCAAGUCGGCGUCUUCUAGCAACCAGUUCGAGCUGAACUCGGAGACCCUGGUGAUGGGGACCUUUAGGUGA